AUGUCCACGUCAAACGGGCAGAAGGAAAAAGGAAUAGGAACGAGUCUUAUCGGUAGUGGAAGAAGUCAAGAGAACCAAAGGAUGGUGCGAGUGGUGUUUCUCCACCCUGACCUGGGGAUUGGUGGUGCAGAGAGGCUAGUCGUGGAUGCAGCAGUGGCUCUGAAAUCUCAAGGAUGCAGUGUUCAGAUUUGGACUGCUCACUAUGACCCCGCACACUGCUUCUCGGAAACCCUUGAUCCAGAGCUCCCUGUGGUCUGUGUUGGUGACUGGCUUCCUACGAGUUUGUGCGGAUACCUCCAUGCUCUCUGUGCAUAUCUAAGGAUGAUUUAUGUGGCAUUAUAUCUGGUUUUCUUUAGUGGACUGGAGUAUGAUGUCGUGUUUUGUGAUCAGGUGUCUGUGUGUAUCCCAGUAUUGAGACUUUCUCGUCACAGGAAAAAGGUUCUGUUCUAUUGUCACUUCCCGGACCAGCUGCUGACUCAAAGGAAAACUACUCUGAAGAAAAUGUAUCGUGCUCCUAUUGACUGGAUGGAAGAAUGGACCACUGGUAUGGCUGACAUGAUCCUGGUAAACAGUCAGUUCACUGCCGGCGUGUUCAGAGACACCUUCAGGAGCCUGAGUGGAGUCCAGACAGACGUGCUGUAUCCUUCUCUGAACACAAGCACCUUUGACCGGCCGAGCGCGCAGGACUCGGGCCUGGGGGGCCUCCUUCCAGAGGGCACAUCCUGCAUGUUCCUCUCUCUGAAUAGAUACGAGCGUAAGAAGAACCUGGGCCUGGCUCUGGAGGCACUGUCUGCUCUGCGGAGCUCACUGAACAAAGAGCAGUCAGCCGGCGUUCAUCUGGUGGUGGCAGGAGGAUAUGACGAGCGCGUCACAGAGAAUGUGCAGCAUUACAAUGAGCUGAAGGAUCUGGCAGAACAGAUCCACUUGGAGGGCUGCGUCACCUUCUUACGCUCCCCCUCAGACUCCCUGAAGGUGGAGCUGCUGCGGGCCAGCGCUGCUGUGUUGUACACCCCAAGCAGAGAACAUUUUGGGAUUGUUCCAGUGGAGGCCAUGUACUGCUGCUGCCCUGUUAUCGCUGUGAACUCUGGGGGGCCCCUGGAGAGUGUGGCUGAUGGGGUGACGGGCUUCCUGUGCGAGCCCACUGCAGAGGCCUUCUCUGGGGCUAUGGAGCGGCUCGUUAAAGAGCCCCACCUCCGCAAAGACAUGGGACAGGCUGGCAGAACCAGGGUACAAGAUAAAUUCUCUCUGGAGGCGUUCUCAGACCAGCUGUAUGGAUACAUUCUCAAACUCAGUCAGUAA